CCUACACAAUGUAUAUCAAUAAUGAUUGACAUAUGUCAGGUACAUAGAUUCCCCAAAGGGAUGUACACCUGGAUUCUAUCGCAUAUGCUAUGCACAUCGCGCUGUAAGCCUUCUUCGGGAAUUGGCCAAUUACAGGACUAUUAAAGGCAGUACUCUAUAUCGUAAUCCAACAACAUUCGGUAAAGCCUACUGGAGUAUGUAUUUUGAGUCAUCGUACCGAAGAUGAAGGAUACUAACGAUCAACAUGCUAUGGAUAUUGAUGCCAUGGACGACGAUCCAGUGGUCUGCGAGUUUGAUGUCUUUCUAAACAACACUGUUAUGCAGGACCUAUUAAGUAGCGUUGUUGAACCGCCGAGUACACUGUCAGUAGUUAAAGAACUCUGUAGCAAGCCUUUUGGCGAUUUGUUCCUAUUCCAGUAUCCACUGGAAUUGGCCACUUCAGAUGAAGUUAACGGGUCAGACGAAGUUCAUAUACACGACAGAAUUGCCAAAAGCUCGAAUGCAACUGAUAUGUUAACCAUCUCGGAAUUAUCAGUGGGUAUCGAGUCGCGCCGCGAAGUAGUUGACGAGCGUAUGUAUGGCGUGUCGUCAAUAGUUAAAAAAAGCAAGCGAAGCAGCUGCCCACACUUCAAGAUAGUAUACGAUAUAGGACCAAUACAAGACGAAGAUGUUAAGAUACUGUCAGGCAGGAAAAGUUCCAGAUCAUCGAGCCCGUACCUCCGUUGCGAACCUUCAGACCCAGCGAACGCUAUAGGAUUCCUGGAGUUAAAUGCACCUGCCCAGCCAUACAAAAGGAAUAUCUUGAAGCUCAGGUCAGAGAUUGUCACAGGAGAUCAUGUUUGCGACUGUCUAGGAGUACUGGUAGUAGAGGAAACUGAUCAGGGUAUAGUUAGGUCGUUACAUAUCGUCCCAGUUAGGGGUGUUAUACAACUGCGACCUAAAGUCAAGCCUGGCAACCGCCAAUUCGUUAACUUUGACGACACGCUGACAAGUCUGUUUCAAAAUAGAAACUUGCAGUGGAGAGAUAUCCAUAACAUUAACGGCAUCGACUCACCACAAUCCCGAGAGAUUGUGCAGAUACUAACCCAAAGGUACAGGACCCUGCAGAACAUUGCAAGGUCGCCCAUAUUCUUCUACGAUGAGCCCUCGCUCUACAUAAACGCCGUGUGCUUCGCACAGGAAUAUGGAAAGUACCAUGAAGAAUGGCACUGCAGCCUGGAGUCAGAUGUAGACGGAUACCGGCAUUCAAUGAACCCAGCAUUUAAAUACCGAGGCAAGACCAUUGUUUACAGGGAAAUGCAAAAGAAUACACCAAAUAUCCGCUUCAUGAGCAACCUGGAUAUUGAAACCCAAUUGAAGCUGUUGCUAACGUUGCGUAACAUUGAUUCGUUCUACUCACUCAAAAAGGAUGUAGUAUAUAACGAAAGCGUGACUGAUGACCGAUUAAUAGAAAUAUUGCAGGAAUUUGCAACAAAUAUCGACGGAAAUUGGAUAUUGGCAUCUGACCAUGCGAUACCGAACUACACCAUCGAGGACGACUACGAUAACGAGGAUCGCGCGUAUCUAGUGGUUUGCCGCGAUGUUAUCCUGGGUCUGUUCUAUCGCGACGUGGUCAUGAGGGACUUGCUACAAAAGGGUGCCUACGGCCACGUAACCAUGGAGGCAGUGCAUAGCCUCACCGGCCUGCCAGUACCCAUGGUACACGAAAUGUUAUCGCAAGUAGCACAACAACAUGGCAAACUUUGGACACUAAAAUUAAAGCGAGACCAAGAUUUCUACACGAACUACAAUUCAUUAAUGAAGACUUAUCAGGCAUACUGGCCUAACCGCUUGCACGAAUGUAUGAAACAGAUCAAGACACUACGAGAGACACAGAGCUCAGUGGUAUCACAGAUUAUAUACCGCUAUAUCCUGAAGUCAGCCAUAACAACGGCAUUGAACAAUCGCGUGUACUCAGCCGAACAGAUUUCCCAAGAGCUUACGGCAAUAGGAUACUCAAUAGAUUCAGCACCACUUUUCGAGUCAUUGCUACAGCAAGUGGCAAUACCGUUCCUCAAGGGUGAUACCAAAAUGUGGGUGCUAAAGAAAAGCUGCGCUACGCUAAACUCACUAAAGCCAACCUCUGCAGGACAGAGUAUCGCACCCAUGCGACGUUUGAAAACUGAAGCGGUACGUCGCAUGCUAACCGAUUCAUCCCUGCCGGAGUUUUUAAAACGCCGACUAGCGAUGAUGCCGUCAUCAUGAUUACUGAACCACAGUUCAAUAUG